AUGAAACGCUCACGAGAGGCCGAAGAGGAACAGCCCUUCUCUGGCUAUCCGGCAGACGAGUAUAGCAGUCCAGGGACGCCCGAGGCAGAUGACCGCCUUGCCAAGUUUACAGAACUGGACCCUUCGGCCGAAACAGCACUCGAGGACUUUGCGAUGAAAUGCUCUAUGCCACCUCACAGAGAGGCCCUCACUUUCCAAUCGUACGACGAGUAUGAAGCGCAUUACGUGAAGACGCACACCAAUAGAUGCCUUGAAUGCGGGAGGAACCUGCCAUCGGAGCACCUGCUCAGUGUACAUCACGAGGAAUGCCAUGAUUCAUUCGCCGCUGUUAGACGGGAAAGAGGGGAGCACACAUAUUCCUGUUUUGUCGAGGGCUGCGAGAGGAAGUGUAUGACGCCGCAGAAGCGUCGGAUGCAUCUUAUCGACAAACACGGUUUCCCGAAAAAUUACUUUUUCGCGGUGACCAAGGAGGGCAUCGAUGGGCGACGGUCGUUGCUUGUCGAAGGCGGCCAUCAUCGGCGCAAGUCAUCCAGCGCCUUCGGUACGACUAAGGAGUCGAAGCGCAGAUCAGGCAUCCUAGAGUCGUCCGCACCGCAAACCAAAGAAUCACAAGCACCAGGCAAGAUAUCGACGGAACCAACACCCACCGACUCGGUGACAACAGAGCGUACAGACACGGAAAUGGACGACCUCGCCGGCGCCAUGUCAGCACUGCAGUUUGUCCCAAACAGCGUGCGCUUUGGAAGGGGCGGUGGGCGGGCAGGGUUUGCAAAACGCUAA